GCUGUCAGAGGGGCCAAAGCUUGGAAUGAGCUGAGACUGGCCAGGUGGGCUCACCACAACUAAAAGACUUUCUUCAGAUAUGUAAGGUGCAGACGGAAGAUAAAGGGGCUGAUACCCCCAUUGCUGAGUGGAAAUGGAGAAACUCUGACAGAGGACAGAGAGAAGGCACAAAGGCUCAAUGCCUAUUUUGCCUCAGUUUUCUUCCUGAAGGCGACAACUGGCCCACCUACAAAUGGUAGCUGGCAAAGCGUGGGUUUUUGGCUGUUGGUUCAGGUGGACAGAGAAGUUGCGGAGAAGCUCCUUGCUGCAUUGGAUGUGUACCAAUCCCCUGGGCCAGAUGGGGCGAACCCACAAGCACUUUAAAGAACUUUCAAAAGAACUUUCAAAAGAUCUUUUGUUGAUCGUCUUCCAGGCCCCUUGGAGGACAGAGAACAUUCCGAGAAAUAAUGUUCCUUCAGGAAUUUGGAGAACACCCAAACAUCAUCAAGCUCCUGAAUGUCAUCCGGGCCCAGAACGACAAGGACAUUUACCUGGUUUUUGAGUCCAUGGAGACAGACUUGCACGCUGUGAUUAAGAAGGGGAAUUUACUGAAAGAUAUUCACAAGCGGUACGUCCUCUAUCAGCUCCUGAAAGCCACCAGAUUCAUCCACUCAGGAAACGUCAUCCACAGGGACCAGAAGCCUUCCAACAUCCUGCUGGAUGCAGACUGCUUUGUGAAGCUCUGUGACUUCGGACUUGCACGCUCCCUGUGCCAGAUCCACAAGGAGCAGAGCAACCAAGCGCUUACAGAAUAUGUGGCAACUCGCUGGUAUAGGGCCCCUGAGAUUCUGCUUGCCUCUCACAGGUACACCAAGGGCGUGGACAUGUGGAGCAUCGGCUGCAUCUUGGGGGAAAUGCUGCUGGGAAAGCCCCUGUUCCCAGGCACAUCCACGGUCAACCAAAUCGAGCAGAUCCUGCGCGUCAUUCCUCCUCCAUCCCCGGAAGAUGUUGCAGCCUCCCAGGCCGACUACAGAGCCUCGCUUAUCAGCCGCCUGAGCUCCCAGCAGCAGGUGACUUUUGAGGACAUCUUGCCUCCCUCAACUGAUCCUCAGGCCUUGGACCUUCUGAAAAGGCUCUUGGUAUUUAACCCUGACAAGCGGCUGACAGCAGAAGAGGCACUGAAGCAUCCCUUUGUACGAAGGUUCCACUGUCCCAGCAAAGAGCCUGCUCUGGACUAUGACGUGAUCCUCCCCCUGGAUGACGACCUGCAGCUCUCUGUGGCCGAGUAUCGCAAUAAGCUGUACGAGAUUAUUUUGGAAAGGAAGGCAAAUAACCAGCAUCGGAAGCAGCAGCUCCAAAGAAAGAACCUUCUCCCCGGUUCCUCAGAGCCCCGCCUCCCUCUGGAACCUCUGUGUGAGAAGCAGGGGGCGACGCAACCCCUUCCGCCAAGGGGCUCUCCUGUGCCAUUAGGAGCCACGGUUCCUGGUGAAGCUUCUCGCCUAAGUACAAAUGAAGCGAGGCAGGAUCUGUGUCCCAGCUCAACGAUCAGUCCCACAUCCUGCAGUCCUGUGGGCCACACAGCUCCUAACAAUAGCCUGUGGCCUGGCAUCCCUGCAAGAAACCGCUCUGCUCCCUUCCCUUGCCAUCAGCCCUCCUCUUCGCUGUGCAGGAGAACAGGCAGACCGGCAUCCUGGGCACCAGUGAACAAUCCCACCUCUGCAGCGGGCAUGAAACAGCUCCACGGCCAGGCAAUGAAAGGACCUGAGGGACAAAGGCAACCCACAUCCCACUUGAGGCCAUGCUCACUUGCCGGCCAAGCCCAAGAAGCGGCUCUCAACCACCUCUUGAUGAGGAAAGAAUGGUCUCCCAGCAAGGCUGCAGCUGAGCCGCCUUCAAAGACCUCUGAGGCUCACAGCAAGGAAAUCCAUCCCAUUCCGAAGCCCAGCAGUAAAAAGAUGUUCCAGGGGACGGCAAACGUCGGAGCAGCGGGAGACCCCAAGGCCUGCCUCGGCAGUUACUCCCAGUCCUAUGGGACCAUCUGCAAGUCUGCCCUUCGGCAGCUGCCUGUGUCCGGCUCCUGCCCUCAGGCACUGGCCCCAAGCAGGCAGAGGCGUUGAGGGGCCCCGCCCCCAGAGCACUCCGCCCCCUCCCCCCCCCCGCGAAAGAGCCAGGAUGUUUCCCACCACUGCACGUGGAGCACACUCCUAUGAAGGGAGGAGGGCUGCAAAGCACCCUUGGAAGCGCUGCUGCCCUCAUUCGCUCCAGUCCAAAUCUGAACUCUGUCAGCAGUUGGCUUUGAAAAAAGAACAACCAAACCUCUCUGGGACCCCCCAAGCGACGGGGAAAUCCCAGCAGGAUCCCAGACUUUGAUUCUUUGAGAGCAAGGCUGUGUGCGCAUAAGACCAGUCUUUCUUUCUCUCUUCCAUUGUUUUAUUCUGGUAAGAAUUUCAAUAAAGAAAACUUUAAGACACGAA